AAGCAGCAACAAAACCCUUCUCUCUUUCUCUCUCUCUCUCUCUCUGCUCGACUCCCUCUCGCCGCCGCCGCCGCCGCCGCCGCCGCCACCGACGGCAAGCGCGGCGACCCGACCGCCCGAGACCUAGCCUCCGCCACCGCAGAGCAGCUUGGGGGGGGGGGAUGGAGAAGGGGGGCGCCGAGUCGUCGAUCGCCUGCGCUCGCUGCGGCAAGCCGGCGUCGCUUCAAUGCCCCAAGUGCGCGCAGCUGAAGCUUCUGCGGGAGGGCGCUGCUUUCUGCACACAGGAUUGCUUCAAGGAAGCAUGGAGCUCUCAUAAGUCUGUCCACAUAAAGCUAGAUGCAUUGACACUACAACAGACUCCAGAGGGUUGGCAAUAUUGUUUGAAAAAAGGGCGGACACGCACAUCGCAGCUUCCUCGUUUUGAUUGGACAGGUCCAUUGAGACCAUAUCCAAUAUCAAAGAUGUGUGUGGUACCAGAUAAAAUUGAGAAGCCUGAUUGGGCGCUUGAUGGAACCCCCAAGAUUGAACCAGAUAGCGAUUUGCAGAAAAGAGUAGAGAUCAAGACCCCUGAGCAAAUUGAAAGGAUGAGAGAAACAUGCCGAAUCGCAAGAGAAGUUUUAGAUGCAGCUGCUCGCAUAAUCAAACCAGGAAUUACAACAGAUGAAAUUGAUAGAGUGGUUCAUGAGGAGACAGUUGCUAGAGGUGGAUAUCCAUCUCCAUUGAAUUACCAUUUCUUCCCGAAGUCAUGUUGCACGUCAGUCAAUGAAGUCAUCUGCCAUGGAAUUCCAGAUGCCAGGAAACUUGAAGAUGGUGACAUUGUAAAUGUCGACGUAACUGUGUAUUACAAAGGAGUUCAUGGUGAUUUGAACGAGACAUAUUUUGUUGGAAAUGUUGAUGAAGCUUCCAAGCAGCUUGUCCGUUGUACCUAUGAGUGCUUGGAUAAAGCUAUUGCAAUAGUGAAACCUGGAGUUCGGUUUCGAGAGGUUGGGGAGAUAAUAAAUAGACAUGCAUCUAUGUCAGGUUUAUCUGUGGUUAAGUCUUACUGUGGUCAUGGCAUAGGAGAAUUGUUCCACUGUGCCCCAAAUAUUCCUCAUUAUUCAAGAAACAAGGCCGUGGGUAUAAUGAAAGCUGGACAAACAUUUACAAUUGAGCCAAUGAUAAACACAGGAGUUUGGCAUGACCGUCUAUGGCCUGAUGAGUGGACAGCAGUGACUGCAGAUGGUAAACGGAGUGCUCAAUUUGAGCACACCCUUUUGGUGACAGAAACAGGAGUUGAAGUUUUGACAGCGCGAUUACCGUCAUCACCUGAUGUCUUUCCAUGGUUGAAGCCGUGACGCCAUUGCUCCAGGCAUUAUGCACAAACUAGCAAGUGAUACGAAUACAAUGUGGUCAAUGGGACAACACAAUUUUUCAAUUUACUCUUUUUAUCAUUCAGUUGCCCAACUCUCCGAAGCAGAUAUUGUCCCAGUGAUAAUACCUGUUAGUUCUGACGACUUGCUGCAACCACUGUUCACCUAGCAAGUUGUUUCUGGCUGUGUUAAGUAUUUUGAUUGAUUUGUUCGAGUGACAUGAAUCAUAAUUUGAACUGGAAAUGGGAUUUAUCCAGGAGCACAUUUGUCGAUAA